CUUCAAAAUUUUUAAAAAAUUUCCUUUUUCCAAAAAUUUUUUUUUUCUUCCCUCUUAAUUCCUUGAUGGAAACAAGAAAAUAUUUCAAUUUUAUUUGUUUAAUUUAUGCUAUUUUGUGCCUAAAUUAUGAGUUAACUAGUGCUGUUGUACUAUUGAAACAUUUAAGUCACUCAAGAGGAUCAAAAUCAAACAACUCAUGUGAUUUAUUUCAGGGCAAUUGGAUUUAUGAUAAUUCAUAUCCAUUUUAUAAUUCAUCUAUUUGUUCUUUUAUUGAAGGACAAUUCAAUUGCCAAGGAAAUGGAAGACCUGAUAAACUCUAUCUUAAGUACAAAUGGAAGCCUAAUUCAUGUGAAUUGCCCAAAUUUGAAGGAUUGGAUUUUUUGAAGAGGGUGAGGGGGAAGAAAAUAAUGUUCAUAGGGGAUUCAUUGAGCCUUAAUCAAUGGCAAUCACUCACAUGUAUGUUGCAUGCAGCCUUUCCCAAGCUCAACUACACACUCCAAAGAAAAGGAGAUAUUUCCAAUUUUGUUUUUCAGGACUAUAAUGUUUCUUUGAUUUUAUCACGAAAUGCAUUUUUGGUAGAUUUGGUAAAAGAGAAAAUAGGAAGAGUUCUAAAGCUUGAUUCAAUCCAAAACGGCGACGCUUGGAAAGGAUUCGACAUGCUCAUUUUCAAUACUUGGCAUUGGUGGCUCCACAAGGGAAGCCAACAAUCAUGGGAUUUUAUACAAAAAGGAGAUCAAAUAUAUAAAGACAUGGAUCGUUUAGUGGCCUUUAAAGAGGGACUUAAAACUUGGUCCAAUUGGGUAGAAUCAUAUAUUGAUCCAACCAAAACAAGAGUAUUCUUUCAAGGCAUUUCUCCUACACAUUAUAGUGGGCAAGAAUGGAAUGCUAGCAAACCAAGUAGCAAUUGCAAUGGAGAGACACAACCAAUUAGUGGCUCAGUGUAUCCUGGUGGACCAAUGGCAGCAGCAACAAUUGUGAAAGAAAUUAUUGGCAAUAUGUCAAAACAAGUGACAUUACUUGACAUUACAUUACUAUCUCAACUAAGAAAAGAUGGACACCCUUCAAUUUAUGGUAUGAAUAAUAAUAAUAAUAAUAAUAAUAAUAAUAAUAAUAAUAAUAAUGAUACAAAGAUCAAAAAGGGUAAUGAUUGUAGUCAUUGGUGUCUUGCUGGUGUGCCUGAUACUUGGAAUCAACUCUUUUAUGCUCUUCUUCUAAACCAACAAACCAAAUCAUCAAAUACUAUAUGACAAAAAUAUGAAGGUGUAUAACAAUCCAAUUCUUGUUUUACUUUUUGUUUUGAAAUUAUUAUGAUUACAGCUAGAUAUCUCAAAACUUUAUUCUUUUUACUUAUAUGAUUACAGCUAGAUAUCUCAAAACUUUAUUCUUUUUACUUAAUAUAAGUCAUGUUUUACUUUCA